AUGAUUAUCUCACGAGCAGCUGGCCUGCUUGGCCUGCUCUCUGGAGCCUUCGCAUACAAGGCCCUCUCGGAUGAAGGCCUUCGCAACAUUGCCGACCCUGGCAACGACUUUGACAUCAAACAAGGGGCCUUGCUGGCUCCUAUUCUGCAGCCGCGUGUACCUGGCACGCCUGGCUCAACUGCUGUCCUCAAUCACUUUGUCGACUUCUUUCGGAAGGAGCUACCCGCAUGGGAGCUGAGCUUUCAGAACUCUUCAUCAAAGACUCCCAUCUCUGGCGACCAAGAAACUCCCUUUGUCAACCUGAUCGCUACCAGAGAUCCUCCAUGGGCAGAACAGGGUCAUGUCGGAAGACUCGCCUUGGUCGCCCACUAUGACAGCAAGAUCGAUCCACCAGGCUUCAUCGGAGCCAUUGACAGCGCCGCUCCAUGCGCUAUGCUGAUGCACGCUGCCAGGAGUCUGGACGACGCUUUGACCAAGAAGUGGGCUGCUAUGGAGGCUGAAGGCGAUAAUGAGCUGGAUGAAGCAAGCGGCAUACAGAUCCUAUUGCUUGACGGAGAAGAAGCCUUCAAGGUUUGGACCCACGACGACUCAAUUUACGGCGCAAGAUCUUUGGCCGAAGAAUGGGAGCAAACGAUGCAUCCUGCCACUUCCAUCUACCGUACUCCGCUCGACGCCAUCGACCUUUUCGUCCUACUCGAUCUGCUGGGUUCUGCAAAUCCUAGAGUUCCCUCUUUCUUCAGAACCACCCACUGGGCAUAUUUGAAUAUGGCAAAUGCCGAGACUAGACUGCGGUCUCUGAAGCAGCUCCAAACCACACCCACCAGUCCUUUUCUGCGAGAAGCAAACAAGAAAGAGUCGGACAGAUGGCUUGGCGGUGCCAUCGAGGAUGACCACAUACCUUUCCAAGCCAGAGGUGUUGAUAUUCUACAUAUGAUUCCUGCGCCAUUCCCUGCAGUCUGGCAUACAAUGGCUGAUGACGGAGAACAUCUCGAUAUACCUACCGUCAAAGACUGGGCCAAAAUUGUUACAGCCUUUGCUGCGGAGUGGAUGGAACUAGACGGUUACCUGCUUCCUCCCAAGAAGAGGAGCCCAUCUCCAGAAACGGAAAGGACUGAGUUGUGA